AUGGUCGGGUUGGUGGUGAUACUGGCAGGCGGAAUUGGAGGGGGUCUUGCUGGAGGGCUAGCGGCGAGUCAUCAACCAAGCACAUCGCAAUCAGAACCAACAACCAUGAUACCCCCCAAAAGCAACACAAGUGAAACUAUGGCAACAGUAACAUCGGGUGAUGUAAUCCCAUCUAGUACAGUUACCAGCAAUCUCAGGGUCGGUACUGUGACUACAGACGGCGGCUGCCCAGAGCUUAAUGGAACGAUAUAUACACCUCGCGAGGGUAACGGGAAGCCCUAUUCAAACGCAAGCUUUAUGAAGUUGUGCUCAACAGACUUUUCCGAUGUGAUCCUAUCUUAUCGGUCACACGAUAUUUUGCGAGUCCGUGUGGAGAGCCUGGACCAGUGCAUCCAGAUUGCGCCGAGUAUAAUCUUUCAUACCGUGUUGCGUUGGCUGAAAAUGUUCCUACCCCAAGGGAUAGUCUUUGUCAAGCUGUGUCGUUGGAGAAAAGGCGACCCAACACCGCAGGUGCGGCGCCUGAUCCAAAUGUAUACACUAGCGCAGUGCUGCUGGGCUGAACGCACACAACAUGAGAGCACCUGUGCUGAUGUCACCAACACUUUCGGGCGGAACGGGAAUAGGUCACCGAGUCCCGCCGUCCGGAGCCAAAGCAGCUGA